AUGACCAUUCAAACUGUUGCAAUCGUCAACCCUGACUUGUCUUUAGAUUUUUCCAAUUACUGGACAGCUGCGAUGUACUUCAAACAUCAAAACGGCUCGUAUAAGCGCGUGCCCAUCUACCCGAACGCUCAACUAGGAUAUGAAGGUCAAAAUGCAGACCACAUCAAGGGAGGUAUGACGAUAUACUAUACUCAAAAAGACUUCAACAGUUCCGACCUCGGGAAUCCAGUGAGGGCUUUUCCUCCGGGCUUUCGUAUGACUGUUGGCAAUCCGUCGACGACCACAAUCAACGGCACCAAGAAAGGUCUGGCAUACACGUGCCUGCAAACCAUCCUCACUAGAGGCUACGAGACUCCCGACUUCCCGAAAGAGCCCUGUCCUGCCGGUAUAAUGGCUAUUCAGGUAAGAGACGAUCUUAGCAGAUGUUGUAAUCAGCUUACUGACCACAAGACACCAUUCGUGUGGAGCUACUCCGAUAGUAGAGGCUACGGCACUCAUGCUGACUACGUGUUUGGAUGGAAAGGAGACAGCUUGCAGCGGGUAAUGAACGACAGCUGCAUGUUCCACUACUGUGGAAGUCCAGGCAUGCAAGGUGUACUUAAAACGCAGACUGUUGAAGAGAUGAAUGCUUGUGCAGUUGAAAGCUCCAUUGAUGAAGAUGUGGAGGGAUGGCUGGAUCAUCUCCCCGGAUACGAGAUGGAGGCUUGA